CUUGCCCUACAAAGGCUGCCUUUAAAAGAGAAACGCAGUGUUAUUUAAUGAGCUGUGAGAUGAGGCGCUGCUGCUAACGCUCAGAUCCCGGGAUUCAUCGGCUAUUCAUUGUGCUUAAUGUACAUGUUUCUGCACCGUGCAUUUAGGAGAUCCCAGAGAAGAAUCCAAAACGGCUGCGGGGGAAAGACCACCAAACAUGCCUACAGAAACAUUACCGACAGGUAGCAUGGUGAAGCCCGUCAGCCCUGCCGUGACUUUCACGUCUGCCGUUCCCCUCCGCAUCCUGAACAAAGGACCUGACUAUUUUCGCAGGCAGGCGGAGCCUAAUCCGAAAAGACUGAGUGCAGUGGAGAGGCUUGAAGCCGACAAGGCGAAAUACGUCAAGAGCCAGGAGGUCAUCAAUGCCAAGCAGGAGCCCGUGAAGCCGGCGGUGCUGGCGAAGCCGCCGGUCUGUCCUGCGGCCAAGCGAGCGCUGGGGAGCCCCACCUUGAAAGUCUUCAGCAACAAUGCAAAGACUGAGAGUGGAGUCCAGAGGGAAAAUCUGAAACUUGAGAUUUUGAAGAACAUCAUCAACAGCUCUGAAGGCUCCAGCUCAGGUUCAGGGCAUAAGCACAGUUCCCGAAAUUGGCCACCCCACAGGGCUGAUUCGACAGAGCUGAACCGACACUCGUUCGCCGAAUCCUUGAAGGUUUAUCCCACACAGGGCCGGAGCAGCCCGCAGGAGAGCAGCUCCAAUGUCAGCAGAAGGCUCCUAGAUCAGUCAGCAGAGACUUUCUUGCAUGUCUCUCACAGCUCUUCAGACAUUAGGAAAGUAACUAGUGCAAAGCCCUUAAAAGCAAUACCCUGCAGUAGUUCAGCCCCACCUCUGCCUCCAAAGCCCAAAAUCGCUGCCAUUGCCACCCUGAAAUCCCCAGAAAUUGAGGCAGUCGAGUCUGGAUGCGGGGUUAGUAGAAGACCCUCCCUACAGCGAUCAAAAUCAGACUUAAGCGACAGAUACUUUCGCGUUGACGCAGAUGUUGAACGAUUCUUUAACUACUGCGGACUGGAUCCUGAAGAGCUUGAAAACCUUGGGAUGGAAAACUUUGCAAGGGCUAACUCUGAUAUUAUAUCCCUCAACUUUCGCAGUGCAAGCAUGAUUAGCUCAGACUGUGAACAGUCUCAGGACAGCAACAGUGACCUUAGAAAUGAUGACAGUGCCAAUGACCGUGUGCCAUACGGCAUUUCUGCCAUUGAGAGGAAUGCCAGAAUCAUCAAGUGGUUAUAUAGCAUCAAGCAAGCUAGAGAGUCACAGAAAGUGUCCCAUGUGUGAGAGACAAAUCCACCAUAGAAAAAAGCAAGGACUGUAUCUUUGUCUGUGAAUAUUCCGUUUGUGAAGGGUUGUGAAGUCUACUUGAAGUCUUGUACCCUUCUCAAAUCUCUUUGUGUUGCUUGUUGGCAAUGUUUCCAAGUUGCAUGCCUGUCAACAUGUGAGCUGACCUGGCUUCCACUUGAACAAUAACUAACUACAAAGCCUGGCUGAGCAUACACAUUAUCUGCCAAAAGUUUAAGACAAGAAUCUGAUUAGGGCUUCAGUAUAAUCAAAGUGUUUACAUGGAAAGAUUAUAUGACUUCUUUGGUAUUUAUGUGGUUCCUUGUGGAUUUUAUAUAUGUCACUUUUUGUCUUAAUACAGAUAUUGUCAACUGACGUUACUUGUUUCUAAGUUGAAACGGAAUCCCUUUGGGGGGAAGAAAAGAGGAAUUGGCCAAAAUAUGAGGUUUAGGCAUAUGACAAUAGGCAAAGCAGCCUUAUCUCUUGUAGAAAGUGCAUUGUUGGCACACGAAAGCUGUUUCUAAAAUGCAAAGAAUGCUAUGUUCUUAAAUUAUGUAUCGUUAAACUGUAUAUCCCUACUUGUAGUAAGGCACUGUUCAGUAAAAGUUUCUUUUUCCCAGGUAAGCUUCCUCUGUUCUACGGCAGAAGUAGUCUAGUGAAUCUGCUUGACCUCUCAUAAACUAAAUGAGUCUUGCAUUUGAGUUGGUGUAAGCAUUUUAAAGAUUUUGUAUUAUACCAGUUAGAAGAGGUUAAAGAAGGUUGGAGUCAACAGAUGAAAAUGGCGCAGAUGCAGGAUUUUGUGGGUUUGAUUUUUACUCAAAGAUUCCUGGUCUUAAACUUUUGACAGGAAUAAUUAGAACCUAUAGCUGAUAUUGAAUGCCUUUAUUAGCCAAAACACAUCACGACUACAAACUCCAUGCUGUCUUAAUUUUUUUGUAGACCUAUUUGAACAGUUAUUGAACAAAAAUGGAAACACACAGCCAUAUCAAUAUAACGCCUCCUAUUCAGAAGUAAAUACACUCAGUAGCUGAACUAUAUCUGAAAAAAUGUGAUUAUGUUGUCUUGCAUAUGUUAUAUCUAAGGCUGUGAAAGUUUGUUCCAGCUCUAGGAAAGCAUAGAAACAUGACAGUAUGUAGCUUUUCUUUUUUUUUUUCCUCCUUAAGAUGGUUAGUGCUGCGAAUCAACCUAUUACAAAUCUUUCAACAAUCUGUCUUCCCAGUGGUUUAAUUAACUGUCAGUCCAACUGACAGUGGUGGUGUGAUAGCAGAGAAGUUGAAAGUAAAGUGGUCUGCUUCAUUAUUAUUGUAUUCAUGCUUUGAAGUAAAUUGCAGCACUACCUUAUACUACAUCAGCUAAUAGGAAACUUUUUUAUUGUGUAAAUGCUGUAAGACUUUGUAUAUACUUCAGUUGUUAUAAAAUCUUUAAAAGGAAGAGUGUUAUGCUAAUAAAUAGCUCCUGGUGCAGGUAUGGUAGGGUUUUUUUGUUCUUAUUUUCACCCCUCCCAUUCUUAAAACUGUAUCAGGAACUCAAUUGCAGUGUGUUUUAGUGCUGUAGAAGGUCUUGGUUAAAUAAUAGUUCCAGUAAAAGGUUUCUUUUACUAAAGUGCUUUUCAGAAUAUAAUUUUUUAUAAAAUAACUAUAGCAGCAUGAUCUGUCUGAAGAACUAGAGGAGAUUUUCAAGACUCCUAAAAUAGCUUGCUUCUUCCUUACCUAGCAAUGUUACUGUUCCCGUUUAUAGCAUCUGUUCGUAAUGGAUCACCGCAGUCUUCUGAAUUAUUCUUCAGUAGUGCUUAUUUAUAUAUUUGAAUAUUAAAGAUGUUUUUCAAAGUC